AUGCACUCCACCAAGUUCCUGGCAGCCAUCCUGGCUGUAGCCGGCACGGGUUUGGCCAUGCCCCUGGAGGCACCUAUCGCCACUCCGGCUUCCCCUUCCGCCGUCCCGGCCGUGGAGGGUCUUAAGGAGUCGUGGGUUGGCUGUGACAACGGUCAUUGCCCCCCCGAGGACCCCAGCCCCUGGUCGAAGAAGGCCAAGGAGCGUUGGGCAGCGAAGAAGGCCAAGAUGCCAAAGAAGACCUCGAAGCCCAAGGACCUCAGCCCCGAGGAGUUCGAGAAAGAGGUUGAUGAGUUUUGGGCCGAGAAGAUUCAGAAGUUUAAGGAGCGUUUAGCAGCGAAGAAGGCUAAUACGCCGGAGAGCCCUCCCAAGCCUGCGGAUUCUCCGUGCAACAAGGACAAGAGAGACGCGGCUGUCGACGCCGCCUGCGCAACCGACGAUGACGGCUUCAGAAAGCUGUCGCCGGAGGCCAUCAGCGCCAUCCUCAACGCCGCCCCGGGGCCCGUCGUGGCCAAGUCAAUGACCGCCGCCGCAGACAAGAUUCUGCCCAACGAGGCCGUCGAGAAGAUCCGCGGCCGUCCUGGCCCCGGCGUCGUCGCCCCUACCGCAGCCUUCUCGGGUCCUCUCAAGCUGACCAAGAGGCCCGCCCGCACGUCCUCGGCCACCGGUACUCCUACCGCGUCCUCGGCCACUGGUACCUCUACCGCGUCCUCGGCUGCCGGUAUCCCUACCACGCCCUCAGCUACCGGUAGCUCUACCGCCGCUACGGCGACCGGCACGACCACUCCCAAGGUGACCUCCGUCGGGGUGACCGGGACGCCCGCCCGCCCAUCCGCCACCGGUACGGCGACCGGCACCACCGCCCCCACAAAGGCCCACCUCGCGGCCCGGGACUACCCCUCCAACUUCGCGGACCUCGUCCGCGUCGGGCCCCAGAUCGAGAAGAAGACGGCUUUGUCGAAGCGUGGUCGGAUCACUCGGAUCCCAGUGUUGGAUGCUGCUACCCGCGAGCGUCUCAUUAGAGAGGGCGAGAUCAUUGUCCUCACGGGAAAGCGCAAGCCGGGCACCAAGCCUAAGCAUCAUCAGUCUUGA